CCACCCACCUCACCUAAAUUUCAUUAAUAAGUAGCUCAUCAAUCUCCCUCACCUCUCUCACUGUGGUAUUUUACCGUAAGUGUCCAUUCCACACACACACACACACACACACACGAGAAAGAAAAAAAGAGGACUAGAAGAAUGAUGGCGGACAAGAGAGAUAAAGGUGGUGCAGCUGUAGUCUCUGUAGGUGCAGGAAUGUCUCCGAUGGAGAUGAUGCAGUCACCAAGGGACGACGGAGAUGAGGCCAUUGCAGGCGGCGCCACCAUGCGCACGGCAGAGACAUUGCUGCGUCUACUGCCAAUGGGACUGUGCAUUGUGGCUCUUGUGGUGAUGCUCAAGGACUCUCAGAUUAAUGACUUUGGUUCUCUCUCAUACUCCAAUCUUGGAGCUUUCAGGUACCUGGUUCAUGCCAACGGCAUUUGCGCCGGCUACUCGCUUCUUUCAGCAGUUGUUGCAGCCGUUCCUCGUCCCUCAACCAUGUCUCGAGCCUGGACUUUCUUCCUCCUCGACCAGGUCCUAACAUACAUAAUACUAGCUGCUGGGGCUGUGUCAGUCGAGGUGGUGUACUUGGCAUACAAGGGAGACGAAGCCAUCACUUGGAGCAAAGCGUGCAUUUCAUUCGGAGGGUUUUGUCAAAAGGCCACUGCAUCCUUAGCCAUCACAUUUGUGGUUGUACUCUGCUAUGCAACGCUCUCGCUCAUCUCCUCCUACAGGCUCUUCAGCAAAUAUGAUGCACCACCGCUUAGCCACCACAGCAAGGGAUUAGAGAUCGCUUCCUUCCAUGGCUGAUCUCUCACCAGCUUCCUUUAGCCCAAACUCUUUUAUGUUUUUACCAGUUAUGUACACGUAAUAACAUCUCCAAGUAUAGGAUAUAAUGCAUGCUUUGCUGACAUAAAAUGAAUGCACUUGCAUUUGAGCCCUCUUUGUAGCAUGAAGCAUGCUCUUUGUUCUCUCUUUUAA